AUGAAGUUUCUGCACAGCAUCUCGACACUUGCCUUCGCGCUCUUAGCUCAAGCCCAGAGCGAUACCGAGAACUACGCUAUAUCACUGGCUGAAGCAGCAUUUAGAACGCUGCAACAGUGGUACAACCCUUCCAAUGGACUGUACGGUACUUGUCCGUCAUGCUGGUGGGAGACAGCCAACGCCAUUACGACUAUAACGAAUCUGAUGAUUCUGGAUCCGGGGACUACGCAAUACGUUCAGCCAGUCUUCGAGAACACCUAUGCCGUGUCUUCAAAUCAACAGGGCAACAGCAAUUGGCUUGGCUACAACUAUGACGAUGAUGGUUGGUGGGCACUCGCAUGGAUCGCAGCCUACGACGCUACGGGCGAUACGAAGUACUUGAGCACAGCCGAGAAUAUUUUCGAUGCAAUGCAACAAACGUGGGGCACAUCUUGCUACAAUGGAGGGAUUUACUGGAACCAAGCUCGCAACUAUGUCAAUGCCAUCACCAACGAGCUGUUCAUGUCUGUUGCUGCACAUCUAUCCAAUCGACCUACCUCCAGAGGAGCAGGAUACUACUCAAACUGGGCUCAAGUGACAUGGUCAUGGUUCCAGCAGACAGGCAUGAUCAAUGGACAAGGCCUCAUCAACGACGGGCUCGAUGGCAACUGCAACAACAACCAAGGCGCAGUCUUCACCUACAAUCAAGGCGUCGUCCUGGGCGCUCUCGCAGAACUCUACGCGCAGACCGGAAACCAGGCUUUCCUCGGCUCUGCUGAAGCCUUAGCAGGAGCCUCCAUCGGCGCUCUGACGAAUGGUGACCAGAUCCUGACCGAGCCUUGCGGUGCGAGUUGCGACUCGGAUCAGACGCAGUUCAAGGGCAUCUACAUUCGAAACCUCGUUCUGCUGAACAGCGUGGAUCCACAUGACGAGUACGGCGAGGUGAUUUCGGCUUCAGCGAACAGUAUCUGGGCGAACCAUCAGGAUUCGAAUGACGUUCUGGGUGUCUUGUGGGAGGACCCUUUUGUAGAUGGGGCGGACUUCUCGACGCAAAGCUCGGCUAUGGAUGCGUUGAAUGCUUUUGUUGAGAUCAAUCAACAGAGGAUACACUCAACUUUAUAG